GGGGUGGGGGGAAGGGAGGUAAGUGGCCAGUGGUUUGGUGGCACUGAAAAAAGUUUAGGAAAAGGUGUUGAUUUGCAAGUCAGAAGAUAUUUUAGUCCUUAUUCUGCCUCUGUGUAAUCCCAAGCUACUCUCUCAUCCCAGUUUGUCAUCUCAGUGCCUCAGUUUCUUUAUCUGUAAAAAGAGGGAGUUGAACUAGGAGAUCUUUAAGAUCUCUUCCAGCACUAACUUUCUCUGGUCUCUCCUUUGAGCAUCUUGUCCUAUACCAAGCACAAUGCUGUAACUGGCCCCUGGGAGGAAAAAUAAUAAGUGAUAUUGUUAUGCCACUCUAAGAUUACAAAGUGUUUCACGUUACAAUGAUCCUGUUAGGCACUACACAUGUUACUAUUCCCAUUUUUACAGAUGAGGAAACUGAAGCUCAGAGAGGCCAUUAAAAGACUUGCUCACUAAUCACAUAGCUAAUGUCUAUAUGGCAGGAUUUGAACCCAAAUCUCUCCUGAUUCCAAAUCCAAUGCCCUUUUCACUAUACCACACUGGCAGCAGAGGUGUAAACCCUCUACUUCCUGACUCUCUGACCUUGGUCUUGGCUCCAGCUUCAGAGAAGAUGCUGUCCUUGUCACUGUUGCUGUGGCUGAUACCCAUGGAUCAGGCUGCUCCCAAGGAUGGGGCUACCAGGGCGGAGGCUGAAGCAGGACUUGAUCUGCCAUCUAACCCUUUUCAGCCAGGCCAGGAGCAGUUCCAUUUGCUGCAGAACUACCUGAAAGGACUGGGACAGGCCUCUGGAGACCUGGAACAGCUAAACCGAGAACAGGUGCUAUUAUAUCUCUUUGCGCUCCAUGACUUUGACCAGAGUGGACAGCUGGAUGGCUUGGAACUUUUGGCUAUGCUGAAAGAAGCUCUGUUUCCUGGUGCCCAUGCUUCGUCUUCUACAGGUCAGGUGAUCAAAGUAGUAGACAAAGUGCUGGAAACCCAGGACCUGGACAGAGAUGGGCUGGUGACACCUGCAGAGCUGCUUGCCCUCCCUGGAGAUGUUCUGGGGCACAAAGAGCCACACGAGUCCUCUGUUCCACCUCCUGGAGACUCAGAACUUGUUGGCAGUCCUGCCAUGUUGGCUAUAAAACUAUUAGAACAAGGCACUGGGGAGGCCAUGAUUCAAGAGGAAGCCACAGGCCCUGGAGGGGAAGAUGGAAAGGCCAUAGAUCCUGGGCAGGAGGCUAGGAGCCUGGCGGAGGCCACAGGCACUGGAGAGGAGGAUAGCAUGAAGGCCACAGAUCCUGAGCAAGAGGCCAGGAGCCUGGGAGAGGCCAUAGGACCUGAAGAGGAGGAUGGAAGGAAGGUCACAGACCCUGAGGAGGAGGCCCAGAGCUUGGGGGAGGCCAUAGAAGGCCCUGGAGAGGAAGUGGGAUACCAAAGUGAAGCUAGAGAGGAGGUCAAGGGUCCUCUAGGGGAGGCUGGAGAAGGGAUGGAGAUUAUUGUGGCUGAAGUGGGAACCCUAGAGCUAGAAGAGCAUUUAGAGCCUAGAGAGCUUCCGGGUGAGUUUGGAGGUCAUGCAAUUCAGCUGGAGAAUGAUGAAAUGUGAAUAUUAGGGUUUAGGUCACAGUCCUGGAAGCCUCAGUCCCACAUGAAGACAUCAGAGAGGGGUGAGUGUGUGUGAGGCAGGGUAUGAAAGUCUCUGGUGCUUCCCUAAGGCACCUGUCUCAGUGCACCACUGAUCACCCUUUUCCUGAUUCUAACACAGUGGCAGCCCUUCAUUUGGUUCACGGAGAACCUAGAGUUCAGGUUAGAAAACAAUAGUGACAACCUACCCUGAAACUCAACUGUCAUCCCAGAAAAAGCAGGUAGCAGCUGGGUCAGGUCACAGAACCCAUGGGCUUGUGCUGAAUGACCAAGAACUGAAUAGUGUUUGCCUGAUGGACACUUGGCUACACAUCUAGUCCAGAUGAAUCAGUUUGGUACAUGGAUGAAGGGCUUUGGGGAAAGGGUGGGUGGGCAAAUGGUCCUAAGUAAUCCUGGGAUGCACCGGCUUGUGGCCUCUUUGUAUAAAAGCCUGAAAGAAUCUGAGCUGGGCUAGCUCCAGACCAACCUGUGAAAUGGGAAAUUUCUAUUUGGUGCCAAUAAAUACCCUUCAAUCCC